AUGCCCCAACCCUCAACCCUUCGUCGUCGAGAUCCCGCUCAUGAACAGCUUCGUGCCCUUACAGGUCGCCUUCAUCAAGGCCUGCCACAAGCUCAGCUCUCCAGCAACACCAACAAGCCCGAUGGAACGCCCGCCAACAAGGACAACCCUGCCAAAAUGGCCAACUGGAACGUCAAGCUCAAAGAACUCUACCCUGCCGUUGCCUCCCCCCUACGUCACGUCUUCACGAGUGCUGUGAUUGAGUCCAACCAGUUCCACAUCCUCAUGUGCUCCGACUCCAAAUUGAUGGCCGGCGAGGAUAAUACACAGAAGACGGAACUGGUCCGGGCGCUCCUGAACCUGUGGACGCAGGACAGCAAGCUGGCCUUCUUCGUGCCAUUCGGGCGAGGCCCGCCGGUACAGCACACGGGGCGCUCGUUGCAUGAGCUCAACUCGCGACUGGCCUCCGCGGCAGAGAUCAACCCGGACGACCUGGAGAUGUUUGUGUACCUGACCACGCUGCUGCUGAACAACUUGACCACGCUGCUGCUGAACAACCAGAACCCCCGGCCGAUCCGACAGGCGGCGAUGACCCUCCCCCUCGGCCUCAGACAGACCCGCGCCAUCGUCGGAUCCGCCUUCCUGAAGGCCCUCCUCGACUCCUGGCUCUAUCGCGAGGAAGGGAUAGAGGUGCUCCAGCUGCUCAAGGCCUUUCUGGAUCGGCUCCAGGACGCGGUCGAAUGGAGCGAACGCGGCUACAGCCCGGGCUUCCCCUUUGCAAGCAAGUCAAGCCCGGGCGACUGGCACAUCUUUGGCAACUUCCUGCGCCUUGCCGUCCCGCUCGGCCUCUGCACCGUUGACCAAUAA